GGUGAUGGCGGCGGCCGAGGCACAGGCGAGCGCCGUGUGCUCAGGCAUGGCCGGGGCCGGGCUGGCGGCAGUCGGUGACGGGACUGCGGGCCCUGAUAUGGCCGGGGCUGGGGCGGCGGCCGAGGCCGAGGCUUCGGGCCCUGCGGUGGCUGAGGCGCCGCCGCCGCCGCUCCCGGGGCUGCAGCUGCUGCAGCAGGGCGCCGAGGCGCUCGUGUACCGGGGGCUCUUCCUCGGCCGUCCGGCGGUGGCCAAACUCCGCAUCCCGAAGCGGUACCGACACCCGGCGCUGGAGGAGCGGCUGAGCCGGCGGCGGACGGCGCAGGAGGCGCGGUCGCUGCUGCGGUGCCGGCGGGCAGGGAUUCCAGCUCCAGUGGUCUACUUUGUGGAUUAUGUCACCAACUCUGUCUAUCUUGAAGAUAUUGCAGACUCAGUUACUGUUCAGGAUCAUAUUAAUUCUGUACAACGGAAUGGAAAUGAUACCAGUAGCCUCCUUGUUUUAGGAGAGAAGAUGGGUGAGCUUUUGGCAAAAAUGCAUGAUGAAGAUCUUAUACAUGGAGAUCUUACAACUUCCAAUAUACUUAUGCGACCACCUAUGGAGAAGUUGGACUUGGUGCUGAUAGACUUUGGACUCAGUUUUGUUUCAGGUCUUCCAGAAGAUAAAGGAGUUGAUUUGUAUGUUCUGGAAAAAGCUUUCCUUAGCACUCAUCCAGAUACUGAAAUGAUGUUUAAAGCUCUGCUAAAGAGCUAUGCAGCUGCAUCUAAAAAGUCAGGUCCUGUGAUAAAGAAGCUGGAUGAAGUGCGACUGAGAGGAAGGAAGAGAUCCAUGGUCGGGUAGAAGGGAGUAGGCACUGGGGUUUGGAAGCAUUAGUGCUUAGGUUCUGAAAAUAUGGCUAUUUAUAUUUCUGGUUGGUUGUAUUUCAGAGAUCACUAUUUUGAUAACUGUGUCUUCAAAUAAAGUAAUUUGGAUGAGUU